AUGAGCCAGAGCUCAAAGCGUGCGUCGGGCUACCAUCAACGGGCCUACGGCUCCCAGGACCUCUGGAAGCUUUUGGACAAACUCAACGCCAAAUUCUUUGCGCUUGGCUGCGGAUCCCUUGUCACCCGACUUGAGGCCCUUGGCGUACAAAUCAAGUACGGGCCAGUCAAAUGA